AUGGAUGAUGAUAUUGCAUCCCUGUGCUCAAACCUUCGAAUUUCAGAAGAGGAGAAUACUGCAAUUGACUUUGGUGACAUAAACCCUAGCAAUGAGGAGAAAAAUCUAUCUCUUAUGCUUAUUGGUAAACUCCUAACACGAAGAUCUUACAAUGUUGAUGCCUUUAAGAAUACUAUGACGAAUUACUGGGCUCCUUCGAAUGGUGUGGCUAUUAGGGUUCUUGGCCCUAAUUUAUACGCUUUUCAAUUUUUCCAUUGGAAGGACUUGGAGAAGGUUCUAAAAGGGAGACUGUGGUGCUUUGACAACAUGCUCGUAGUGCUGAAAGAAAUCGAUGGAAACGAACAGCCGGAUGAGGUAAUUCUUAAUCAAAGUCCUUUUUGGGUUCGAAUAAAAAACCUUCCUUUCAAUUGUAGAACUGAUGCUCAUGUGAGGAAACUUGUGGAGGGGAUGGGUGAAAUUCUUGAAUUGGAGGAGGAUUCUUUGGGGGUUGGUCGCUUUCGUAGAGUGAAAAUAAUGCUAGAUGUCACUCGGCCAUUGAGGCGAUUCCAGAAAAUUAAUGAUCGAAGGGUACUGACCUUCGAGUUGAUUUUGCUUAUGAACGUCUGCCCUUCUUUUGCUUUGCUUGUGGUAUAA